GCUACCAUGGCAACUCGGCUGUUGGGUAUUUUCCUACAGCCCUCAACCCUCUCAAACUUCACACCCAGUCAUCAGGCUGGAGGCAGGAAGGGGGCGUUACGAAGUGCUUAUAACUGGCUUUGCUCUCCACCUGGCACACACAACUCGUAUCCUGCACCUUGUCUGAGUGCAGCUGCAGUAUGUUCCCCAACCAGGGCCCCGCUGGCCCAGGGGGAUAUUCCACGCAGGGCCCCCCUGGCUCUGGGUGGAAUAUCGCUCAGCCGGUUCCGGUUUGCCCUCCGCCAGUCUCCACCUGCUGCUCUGGCGGGGGACACGGCCACGGGCAUGGUGGAGGCCACGGCCACGGGCAUGGUGGAGGCCACGGCCACGGCCACGGGCAUGGAGGGCAUGGGCACGGCCACGGGCACGGGCACGGGCAUGGAGGCCACGGGCAAGCAUGUUGUCAACAAGGCCAUGGACACGGACAUGGACACGGUCAUGGACCUGGGCACGGACACGGACACGGACAUGGACACGGACAUGGACACGGACAUGGACAUGGACAUGGACAUGGCAAGCACUCUGGCAGCAGCAGCUCCUCCAGUGGCAGUGACUCCGACUCUGACGGGGGCAAGGGGUGCGGCAAGGGGAAGGGCAAGGGCAAACGCCGCCGCAAGCGCUGCAAAUGCAGGCACGGCAAGAGGAAGCACGGCAAGAAGAGGCACGGGAAAGGAAAGCACUCUGGUGGGAGCUCCUGCAGCCAGACCAGCUCGGAUUCAGACUAGAGCGCCACCUGCAGGCUCAUCUCAGCAACUGCCUCCAGUUUACUCUGUCACCAUACAUGCUUUAUUUGGAUUUAUAAAGUAUAUAUAUGAUAAUCAAGAAAUGCACUUACUUUUUGCAUUUACUCAAACAUAGAUUUGUUGCAUGAUUGUGGGCGUAAAGGAUUUUAAAAUACUGUUUCAUUGUUUCAUUCUGUCUGACCGUGCACAUGACCCAAUAAAUUGUUGAGUUUUGUGUUAA